GCACCUUCCACUGCGAUCCAAGAGGGCAGCGGCAAAACCCCGAUCGAGCAAGAAGCUGCCUCCGGGCGGCGACAGCAAGAUGAUAUCGUUGCACGACCUGUACACGGUCCUGGCGGCGGUGGUGCCGCUGUACGUGGCGAUGAUCCUCGCGUACGGGUCGGUGCGGUGGUGGGGCAUCUUCACGCCGGACCAGUGCUCCGGCAUCAACCGCUUCGUGGCCAUCUUCGCCGUGCCGCUGCUCUCCUUCCACUUCAUCUCCACCAACGACCCCUACCAGAUGAACCUCCGCUUCCUCGCCGCCGACACGCUGCAGAAGCUGCUCGUCCUGGCCCUGCUCGCCGCGACCUCGCGCCUCCCCGCCGUCCCCUCGCCGCGGCUGGACUGGUCCGUCACGCUCUUCUCGCUCGCCACGCUGCCCAACACGCUCGUCAUGGGGAUCCCGCUGCUCAUCGCCAUGUACGGGCCCUACGCGGGCUCGCUGAUGGUCCAGGUGGUGGUGCUCCAGUGCAUCAUCUGGUACACGCUGCUGCUCUUCCUCUUCGAGUUCCGCGCCGCGCGGGUGCUGAUCACCGACCAGUUCCCGGACACCGCGGCGUGCAUCGCGUCGCUGCGCGUGGACCCCGACGUUGUGUCCCUGGAGGGCGGCCGCGCGGAGACGGAGUCCGAGGUGGCGGCCGACGGGCGGCUGCGCGUCACCGUGCGGCGCUCCUCGGCGUCGCGGCGGUCCGCCGCGCUGCUGGCCACGCCGCGGCCGUCGAACCUGACGGGCGCGGAGAUCUACUCGGUCAGCUCGUCGCUGAAUCCCACCCCGCGGGGCUCCAACUUCAACCACGCGGACUUCUUCGCCGUGGUCGGCGGCGCGCCACCGCCGCCGACGCCCGCCAGGUUGCACGGGUCGAGCUUAGGCGGCUCCGGCCACUACUCCCUGCAGUCGUCCCAGGGCCCGACGCCGAGGGGCUCCAGCUUCGACGAGCACGCCAGAACCGCGGCGGCGGACGCCGGGGCGCCGCACAGCCAUGACGCCAAGGAGCUGCACAUGUUCGUGUGGAGCUCCAGCGCGUCUCCCGUGUCGGAAGCGAGCGGCUUUCCUGUGUUCAACGGCAGCACGGGCGCAGCAGCGCAUCUCCAUGCCGGCGGCGCCAAGGAAAUCCGCAUGGUUGUCCCCGCGGACCCGCCGCAGAACGGCUCGUGCAAAGAGAAUGGGGACUAUAGCGCGGCGGCAGCGACGGGAGGCGGCAAGACGGUGGAGCUGGACGGCGAGUCGGUACGGUGCCGCGCAGACAAGCCGACGACGAAGCUAACAUCCAACCCUAAUGGCAAGGACAUGGACGGAGCGGAGGAGGACGCUGCGGGGACGGCGCGGCGGCAGCAAAUGCCGCCGGCGAGCGUGAUGACACGGCUGAUACUGAUCAUGGUGUGGCGCAAGCUGAUCCGCAACCCCAACACGUACUCCAGCCUCAUCGGCCUCACAUGGUCCCUCGUUGCCUUCCGGUGGCACAUCUCCAUGCCAGCCAUCGUCGAGAAGUCCAUCUCCAUCCUCUCCGACGCCGGGCUGGGGAUGGCCAUGUUUAGCCUCGGAUUGUUCAUGGCGCUGCAGCCGAGCAUCAUCGCGUGCGGAAACUCCGUCGCCGUCGUCUCCAUGGCCGUCCGCUUCCUCGCCGGACCCGCCAUCACUGCUGCCGCGUCUGCCGCCGUCGGUCUCCGUGGGACGCUCCUCAAGGUCGCCAUUGUUCAGGCGGCUCUACCACAAGGGAUUGUACCUUUUGUUUUCGCCAAGGAAUACAAUGUCCAUCCUGCCAUCCUCAGCACUGCAGUGAUUUUUGGCAUGCUGAUAGCUCUUCCGAUCACAUUGGUCUACUACGCCAUUCUGGGACUAGUACAUUGAUCGCGAGCGCUGUUGAAUAGCUCAUAGGAGACGUAGAUGUUGCAUUGCUGCCAAUACACAUCAUACUUGUAGCUAGUAGCUAGGCUUAGUCCAUGGAUGGCGCAUGGCUUGAAAUUUUGA